CGCUAUGGCAGCGUGAGGAGUAAAUGGCUCAGAGUAUCCGCGGUGGAAACCGACCUAAACACUGGUCUGGGAACUGAUAAACAAACAAAACAACGCGGUGCGUAAAAAGCUCUCCACGGCGCUGCUUCUGCGCGAAACUGUGCCAGCGAUCCAAGAAAAAGCCAAGAAGACUCCGACUCUGGUUGUUUAUUUUUUUCUCUGUGUGUGUGUGUGUGUGUGAGAGGAGAAACGAGGAUAUCUUAAUUGGACAUGUGAGUUACGGGAGUUAACAAGACAAGCAGCCUCUUUUUCCCCCUUCCUGAAGAUGAAGUUCCCGGCUUGCGUCCUCGUCACUUUGCUGGUGAUCCGAUCGAGUGCAGCACAGUCAGUUUGUCCCGGCACAGAGAACAAGCUGAGCACUCUGUCUGACCUGGACCAGCAGUACCGCACUCUGAAGAAGCUCUACGAGAACUGUGAAGUCGUCAUGGGCAACCUGGAGAUUACCAGCAUCGACCGAAACCGCAACCUCUCCUUCCUCAAGUCAAUCAGAGAAGUUACCGGCUACGUGUUGGUGGCUCUGAACCAGUUCGACUACCUGCCGCUGGAGAACCUGCGGAUCAUCAGAGGCACCAAACUGUACGAGAGGCGCUACUCUCUGGCCAUCUUCCUCAACUACAGGCGGGAAGGGUACUACGGCCUGAGGCAGUUGGGCCUGCGCAACCUCACAGAGAUACUGAAUGGGGGUGUUUAUGUUGACCGGAACAAUUUCCUGUGCCAUGCGGACACCAUCCAUUGGCGUGACAUUAUCAAGAACCCCCAGGCCGAGCUGCUGGUGGUACCAUCCAACAACAGCAACCUUGGAUGCAGACGAUGUCAUCGCUCGUGUAACGGACGCUGCUGGGGCCAUCAGGAGGACCAGUGUCAAACCUUGACAAAGACGGUGUGUGCAGAGCAGUGUGACGGUCGAUGCUUCGGGCCUUACGUCAGCGACUGCUGCCAUCGCGAGUGUGCCGGCGGCUGCUCGGGCCCCAAGGACACGGACUGCUUCGCUUGCACCAAUUUCAACGACAGCGGAGCAUGUGUGACCCAGUGCCCUCAGCCGUUUGUCUACAACCCCACGUCUUUCCAGCUGGAGCACAAUCCCAGAGCCAAGUACACCUAUGGAGCUUUCUGUGUCAAGAAAUGCCCCCAUAACUUCGUGGUGGACCACAGCUCCUGUGUCAGAGCGUGUCCCAGCAACAAGAUGGAGGUGGAGGAGAACCGCAUCAAGAUGUGCAUCCCUUGUACCGACAUCUGUCCCAAAGUGUGUGACGGCAUAGGGACGGGCAGCCUGCAGACGGCGCAAACUGUGGAUGCAAGUAAUAUUGAUAAGUUUGUCAACUGCACCAAAAUCAACGGAAACCUCAUCUUCCUCAUUACAGGCAUUAAAGGGGACAUGUACCAUGGAAUUGGGCCUUUGGACCCUGAGCGUCUCAACGUGUUCCGCACUGUGAAAGAGAUCACAGGUUACCUCAACAUCCAGUCUUGGCCUGAGAACAUGACAGAUCUGAGUGUUUUUUCGAGUCUGGCGACAAUUGGAGGUAGAUCUCUUUACAGUGGAAGUGGUAUUUCUUUGUUGAUCUUGAAGCAGCGUUGGAUCUCCUCGCUUCAAUUUCAGUCACUGGACGAGAUCAGCGCCGGAAACGUCUACAUCUUCAACAACAGUCGCCUUUGCUUCUACAACACCGUCAACUGGACGUCGCUCUUUCGGACGCCGAGCCAAAAAGUUCUCAUCCGCAACAACCGAGAUCCAAAAGAAUGCGCUCAGCAACGAAUGGUGUGCGAUCAGAUGUGUUCUGACGACGGAUGCUGGGGCCCGGGGCCCGACCAAUGUCUUUCCUGCCGAUAUUUCAGACGGGGUCGCACCUGUGUGGAGUCCUGCAACCUUUUUGACGGGGAUAUGCGUGAAUUUGCCAAUGGAUCUCUGUGCCUGGAGUGUGAUAGCCAGUGUGAGAAGAUGGAUGGGAACGCCAUGACAUGUCUUGGCCAGGGCCCGGACCAGUGCGUAAAAUGCCUCCACUUCAAAGAUGGCCCCAACUGUGUGGAGAAGUGCCCUGAUGGGUUGCAAGGGGCCAACAGUUUCAUCUUCAAGUACGCCAAGGCCAACAACGAGUGUCAUCCCUGCCAUGCCAACUGCACCCAGGGGUGCGUCGGGCCAAGACUCCAAGAUUGUGUCGGGAUGAUGGACAGGACACCCCUGAUAGCAGCUGGCAUUAUCGGUGGCCUAUUCAUCAUCGUCAUCCUGGCGCUCAGCGUGGCCGUUUCUGUCCGACGCAAAAGCAUAAAGAAGAAGAGGGCCUUGAGGCGCUUCUUGGAGACAGAGCUGGUGGAGCCCCUGACCCCCAGCGGAACAGCCCCCAACCAGGCUCAGCUGCGGAUCCUGAAGGAGACGGAGCUGAAGAGGGUGAAGAUCCUCGGUUCUGGAGCUUUUGGAACCGUCUACAAGGGCAUCUGGGUCCCAGAAGGUGAGACGGUGAAGAUCCCCGUGGCUAUUAAAAUCCUCAACGAGACCACCGGUCCUAAAGCCAACGUGGAGUUCAUGGACGCCCUGAUCAUGGCCAGCAUGGAACACCCCCACCUGGUGCGUCUGCUGGGCGUCUGCCUGAGCCCCACCAUCCAGCUGGUCACCCAGCUCAUGCCCCACGGCUGCCUCCUCGACUACGUGCACGAGCACAAGGACAACAUCGGAUCGCAGCUGCUGCUCAACUGGUGUGUCCAAAUCGCCAAGGGCAUGAUGUACCUGGAGGAGAGGAGGCUGGUCCACAGGGAUCUGGCAGCCCGGAACGUGCUGGUGAAGUCACCCAAUCACAUCAAGAUCACCGACUUCGGCCUCGCGCGACUGCUGGAUGCUGACGAGAAGGAGUACAACGCAGACGGGGGCAAGGUUGGUAUGCCUAUUAAAUGGAUGGCUCUUGAAUGCAUCCACUACAGGAAGUUCACCCAUCAGAGUGACGUUUGGAGUUACGGAGUGACCAUCUGGGAGCUGAUGACAUUCGGAGGCAAACCGUACGACGGCAUUCCCACGCGAGAAAUCCCAGACAUACUGGAGAAAGGCGAGCGUCUGCCGCAGCCGCCUAUCUGCACCAUAGAUGUCUACAUGGUCAUGGUCAAAUGCUGGAUGAUUGAUGCAGACAGCAGGCCAAAGUUCAAGGAGCUGGCUGCUGAGUUCUGCAGAAUGGCCCGGGACCCCCAGCGAUACCUGGUCAUCCAGGGAGAUGACCGCAUGAAGCUUCCUAGCCCGAACGACAGCAAGUUCUUCCAGAGCCUUCUGGACGAGGAGGACCUGGACGACUUGAUGGAUGCUGACGAGUAUCUGGUGCCUCGAGGGUUCAACAUGGUCCCUCCGUCCUACACAACCAGGCCUCGCGUUGACUCCAACCGAAACCAAUUUGGCUAUCGAGAUGGCGCUGCAAACCCCGCGGAGGUUUCCGUGGCAGGGGCCCAAGCCUGCGCGAACCAGGAAGCCACAGGCGGACCAGGUCCGGCCCUGGAGGACCAGCGAUGCAAUGGGAGCUUGCAUAAGAAGAGUCUGAGCCAGGCUGGCGUAGAGGACAAUGGGGGCCAGAGGUACAGCGCCGACCCCACCAUCUUCUUGGGGGAGAGGGCACCCAGAGGGGACACUGAUGAGGAUGGAUACAUGACACCCAUGAAGGACAAGAGCUCUUCAGAAUAUCUGAAUCCCAUUGAGGAAAAUCCGUUUGUCUCACGACGUAAGAACGGUGAGAUCCACGCCUUGGAUAACCCAGGCUACCACAGCACACCCAACAGCCAGCCCAAAGGAGAGGAUGAGUACAUCAACGAGCCCCUUUACCUCAACACCUUCCACAGCCCCGCUGAGUUGGGCCUGGAAGCCCUGAGGAGAAAUGGUCUGCCCCUACCCACCCAGCCUCCUUCGUCUAUCCCUUCAGGCGCCCACCUCCCGCUGACUAUCCAGACCAGCCUGCCCCACUACACCCUCCCCACGGCCCAACCCUCUCCAUCUGGCAUGCCUUGCCACCACGGCCCACCGACCCACAUCCUCCACGCCCACCACACCAUCAAACCUGCAGGACAACCUGGCAAUCCAGUUGGCGGCCCCGCCAGCCAGAGCCAAACAGGAACUACUGCCCAAGCCCAGCUGUGCCAGUCAGGUGCCCUGUCCACUUCGGCCACCCUUGGGCACGGCAGCCUGCCGGCCUACCAGAUCCACGCCACCACGCACCCCGCCAGCAUGCUGAAGCACGGACAGACGUCAGGGAAAGUCAGUGGCAAAAAGCUGAAGGUGACCUUUGACAAUCCAGAAUACUGGCAGCACAGCUUGCCCCCCAAACCAUCUAACCAGGCGGCCCCUGAUGGCGCCCAAGGUGGUUCCACCAAUGCCAAGCUCUUCUAUAAGCAGAAUGGACACAUACGGCCGGCAGUAGCUGAAAACCCUGAAUACAUGUCGGAGUUUUCUCUGAAAUCGGGCACUGUCUUGCCGCCUCCACCCUACCGGCAGCGGAACACUGUGGUCUAAAUCGUUCCACUUGACAAACGUUCCUCAAUCUGACUCUAGCCUCCAGCAACCCAGACAUCCUCUCCGGUUCCACUGUUCCACACAGAGGGGAGCGGCCACAACCAGAGCCCCCCAACUCUUUCCAAACAACGUGCCAUCUGCUGUAGACUGUAGCGACAUCAGAAGGAGGUGGACCGAACCGAGCCAAGCAAACCCAACUCACGCACCUUCACGGUAUCCAAUCCAGUCCAUUUUCUGUCCUGUAGAUAGAGACUGCGCUCCAGAACGUGAAGGUUAUGGUAGUUUUUGGCAAAAGACAGACACAUGAGUGUCACACAGCAGUGGACGUACCGUGUUGUCCCAGCAAGGUCGACCCCAAUGGCGUCAAACAAGAUGGAUUCGGCUUGGGGGACCUGAACUCACUGCCAACCACUGCGGUGUCAGAUUCAUGAAACGAACAAGAUGUUUUAUUAUUUUUCCAAUAUACAGGUCUGAGGAUGAACAAUACCCUCUUAAGGGUUUCUGAAAUAAGCAAACGGAAGGAGCCAAUACAGUCUGUUAGAUGUCAAGAUGUCUUGUUUUGUGAAUGACCUUGUGGACUGAGGCAAAACAGCAAACUAUGGAGGAAAAAGACUAAAAGGGUAUUGUCAGGACUUUUAGUAACAUAAAAGACGGAGCACUGAAAGCUGAUCAAUCAUAUUAAAUCUUUUUGCCUAUAGGAUUAUACCGUAUGUUCUCAAAAUUCUCCAUCAAAUAUGUGAAAGUCAUCUUUUUACUGUAACUGUGAUACUGUGAUGGCGAGGACUACAGUGAUCCCACAUUUGUAGUUCGGGCAUGGACUUUUUAACUUGCCUGAAAACAUACAGGGCAACUGCUGUUUUGUUGUUUUUGGUUGACUGCUGUCUACUUGGAAAAGCUGAUAAAAAACAGCCUUUUCCAAGCCAAAGGGGAUAAGGGAAAAUACACUGUAAGCAUUUUUAUAAACACUGGUUGCAGUGCUUAGAAGAUGGAUUUUUAUACACAGGUUUUCCCAAUCAGACCAUAAAGCUAACUAAGAUGUGUAAAGGGUGUCUUGCCAUAAGAGUGCAGAUUCCUAUAUCUGCUGAAUAGUGUUAUCCAUAAAGCAGCUGAACUCAAAAUGGUGAUUAUAGAGACAGAGAGUACGAGAAAAAGGAGAGAAAACAUCUACAGAGAGGGGAGGUAACGUUCAUACAAGCCCCCUAAUGAAGACCUCAAGGAAUGAACAAGACAGCACCAGCAGAGCACAGUAAAACCAGACUUCUUUUGUGUGUAUGUGUGUUUAUGUCAGUGUGAAUGUGUGUGUUCACAUAUUAGCGAGCCAGUUUUGGCCCCACGGGGAUAUCUGUGGAAAAAGAGAUGCGAUCGAAGUCAGUCAUGACAUGGUCGACAGCUUCAGUACCGCUGCUAACCAACAGUAAACUCAACACCACAUCCACCAUAUCACUGCUGUCAAGUUAACAUUUUAAUGGCUUGAUUGAAAAGCUUAUUGAGUGGCCCAACAGCACCAACUGGCACCAAAUCUCUGGGACAUUUUCAUAAUUUCAGAUGGUCUAGGAACCUGAGGCUUUAUCAGGGAUCGGGUUAGCUUGUUAGCUUGGUAAAUACGAACCACAAUUUCUUUAGACCCACUCCCCUCUUACCCCUUUUUCCACCAACAUGGGACAGGUUCUGUUCCAUGGUUUUCAUGUAAUUUUGAACCGUUCAUAGCAUUUCAACCAAAAAUGAAUUGGUUCGGAGGCUGAGAAGUUGGUUCCUCUAGAACCCCAAAAAAAGCAGGUUUUCCUUGACCUGGAGCUGCAGAUGUGCAGCGGUCUCGUUCAGACUUUAAUCCGUGCUUGUUCUUCAGAUAAAAACAUCUGUAGUAACAGAACAAAGGUCACAGGAAACAAGAACCAAAGGCAAUUUGUUGCAAGCCUGCAGUAAGGUUUAUUUGGUUUGGUCUAAGGUUGGCAAAGAAAGCUGCACAAUUUGAAAGUUAUUUUUAGAAUCAAUGGUGCUGUCUGUUGCUCUUUGGCUUCAUCAGUUAACAGUGGUUGACUCAAUUGUUUUAUAUUUUGAAUUAUCUUAUUGCCCAGUAGUAGAGCCAACCUGUCAACCUUGUAUAAAAAAAACAAAUUAUAAAAUAAAAACACAGUGUUUCCCCAGUCUAACCACAUUCAACAUAAGCAAAAAAACAACUCAUCGGUUGUUCUCACAACCAUAUAUCGACCUAUAUUUACCUUUAUUGUUAAGUCGCGUCCCCUAGUGGUCAUAGAAAUUAUGAAGGGAGCAAAGGAAAAAGUCAGGUGACGUAGUAUCAAGAACAAAAAGUCUGUGUAGGGUGGACAAACAAACACAGGACUUUGACCCAGGACACCCAGAUAUUCGUAACCCGUAUGAAACCAACAGUCACUGUCAGUUAUGUCACUAUACGUAUAUAGGUUAACUUACCUUGUGUACAUAACUGCAUUAACUAUUGUCAUAUAUGGAAAGCAAAUUAACUUAUGUACUUAAUGAACACAACAAACAUUCUUACUUGAAUCAACAUUUUUGCCUAAACCUAACCAAGUAUUUGGUGGCUUUUUCCCUAAACCUCACAAGGUAGUUGUUUUUUUCCUAAACCUCACAAGGUAGUUGUUUUUUCCCUAAACCUCACAAGGUAGUUGUUUUUUUCCUAAA